CGGCUUAGCCCUUUGCCCUAUCCUCCAUUUUCACUUCCCUCCUCUCUUCCACUCUCGAUUUCACAAUGCUGCAGGACAUGUGGAACGCUCCUCCGGGCUUCAGGCCUUCCAAAUCCGCCCCUUCUUCUCCCGCGAAGCCUCUCGGCGUUUCGAGGCUCCGUUCCGAUACACACCAUGUCACUCAUAAGGUUCCAGUAGGCGAUACGCCCUAUGUUAGAGCAAAGAAUGUUCAGUUGGUGAACAAGGAUCCGGAUAAGGCGAUUCCUCUUUUUUGGGCCGCCAUUAAUGCCGGGGACAGAGUUGAUAGUGCCUUGAAAGACAUGGCCAUUGUUAUGAAGCAGCAGAAUCGAGCCGAAGAAGCGAUUGAAGCGAUUAAAUCGUUGCGAAGUCGAUGCUCGGAUCAGGCUCAGGAGUCUCUGGACAAUAUUCUUUUGGAUCUAUACAAGAGAUGUGGAAGAUUGGACGACCAGAUAACUCUUUUGAAACAUAAAUUGUUCUUGAUCCAACAAGGUUUGGCGUUCAAUGGUAAGCGGACUAAAACCGCCCGAUCUCAAGGAAAGAAGUUUCAAGUCUCUGUUGAGCAAGAAGCAACUAGAUUACUCGGGAACUUAGGAUGGGCGCUGAUGCAGCAAAACAAUUAUGUUGAAGCCGAAGAGGCUUAUAGGAAAGCACUUUCAAUUGCACCUGAUAAUAACAAAAUGUGUAACCUUGGAAUCUGUUUGAUGAAACAAGGGAGAAUUUCAGAGGCUAAAGCAACUCUACACAGAGUUAAGCCAGCAGUUGCCGAUGGGCCAAGAGGCACAGAUUCCCACCUCAAAGCUUAUGAAAGAGCACAACAGAUGCUCCAAGAUCUUGAGUCUGAAAUGAUGAAUGGGGGCGGCGAUAGGCUCGAACAGAGGCGGCUUUUCGACGCCUUUCUCGGUUCUUCGUCGAUUUGGCAACCUCAACCUUGCAAGGAUCAUACAACCUUUCCAACAUUGCCUGUCACAAAUCCUGUUAGGACAGUGAUUCAAGGUGAAUUUGGUGAUGAGAAUGUUGAUACCAAUUUCUUGGCAAAUCAGAUGGUUCUUCCUCCUCAACAGCAGAAAUUCAGCUCAAAAGUUCAAGUUCCCUUCGGGGGGAACUCAUUCAAUGUUGCUGCUCAACCAUUUUUUUCAUCAAAAUUAUUUAGUGAACCCAUUUCAAAGGCCCCCUUGGGGAACCAAUUUCCUGAAGGUCUGAAGAGAACAAGGUCUGGAAAUGCAGCCAAUUCAAUGAGAAUGAAUGACAUGGUGGAAUCAAAAAGGCCAUUUGUAGUGGAAUCAGGGAGGCCUGAAACUAAGACAAGAAGGUCAUCUCCUACCUCUGAGGAGACAGACAAAUGGGCAGAAAUAUUGCCUGAUGACAAUGAUUUUGAAGAGGCUAUUCUUGCUGCAGUUCUAGGCUCCACAGAUGAACCAGAGAAGCAAGCAGUAUCCAAUGCCAGCGCCGCCGUGGACGGUGGUGGCAUGAUUCAAAGUAAGGUUGAGAAAAGGCUCAAGGUUUUUGAAGGCAUUACACUUUCCUUGAGUCCCAGAGCCUAACUCUUCUAACUUAACAAGUUUUUACCUUUCUAAUUGAAUUCAUAAUUUUUAGGAGUUGAGGCAUAGGAGAUGAACUUGUUCUCCUCUGCCUGCUUACUGUGGUGGCAACCAGUCUACAUUAGCUUAUAUGUUGUUUAUUUAAUUCACAUAUGCCUCUAAUAUAUGGGGCAUAGGACAGAUAAUAAAACUUGUUCCAUUUUUCUGAACUCA